AUGGCCGCUGGACCUCAGAUGGACGCGGGACCUCAGACAGAUGUGAGACCUCGGACAGCCGUGGGACCUGAGAGGGAUGCGGGACCUCAGAUGCUCAUGGAGAUUGAGGAGACGGUGGCCUUGGCUCUUCAAACGGACGGUGGCCUUGAGUUUUUGAUGGUGAACAACAUGACCCUCCAUAAUGGAAUGGAACUGAAGGCCACAGGUCUCAUCAGACCCCACGCACGUGGUUUCUCCAUCAAUGUGGGCCACUCCGAGGCAGACAUUGCUCUGCACUUUAACCCACGCUUCAACGUGCAUGGAGGUACACGUGACAUCAUCAUCCUGAACUCAAAGCAUGGCCAUUCCUGGAAUGAAGAGCAGAGAGAUGGAAACUUUCCCUUCGAACAAGGACAGGAGUUUGAGGUAACCAUUGUGCUCAACUUUGACACUUUUGACAUCCAUCUGUCAAAUGGCCACAAGAUUCAGUUUCCAAACCGUUUUGGUGCCAAGAAAUUCAAAUGCAUAUUUUUUAGGGGAGAUGCCAUUAUACAAGACAUAAGUGUGAAACCAUCGUCAAGACCUACCAAGAGAUAA